AUGAUGCCGACUCGCCGACAUAUCGACGAAUGUUUGAGCUCGCCCAGGUCAGCAGCACUGAAGACCGCCCUCCGAUGUAUCAACGAUAACAACUCUAUUCCAUCAGUGGAACCUACAACCAUGCCUCCUAAAGGCGGCAGCACGAAGCUCGCCCCUCCCCGCCUCCCUCCCCUCCCCAAACUCCGUGUCCGGCGACCGAACCGACCGGGAGAAAAUCCUUGCGUCGGGAUCAUGACUUCGGUACUAGGAUGUUGGGCGUCCUCAGGCAACGUAGCAGCGCACUGCCAGCACUUGGAGCAGUCGUUGAGGGCUUGUAUGGAUGCGCCGAGAGAGAAGACUGGGAAGAAAAAUACGAUCAAUUACCAUCUCAUGCGGCUGUAUCCGAAGAUCAAGGGACCGACCAAGCAGGGCAAAUGA